ACAACCUAGGGCGAAGCCAGGCCCACAGACAGCAUUCGUGCCCCACCGCCUGGCCCUAGCCGUUCACCCGGAAGUGCUUGUGCACUAUAGCCCAUAGCGGAAGCGGGGCGGAGCUCAGCCUUUUUGGUGCUGGUGGCCAGGGAAGAUGACAAAGGGUACAUCAUCAUUUGGUAAGCGACGAAAUAAGACACAUACCUUGUGUCGUCGAUGUGGGUCCAAGGCAUACCAUUUGCAGAAAUCUACCUGUGGGAAAUGUGGUUACCCUGCCAAGCGUAAGAGAAAGUAUAACUGGAGUGCUAAGGCUAAAAGGCGCAACACCACUGGUACUGGUCGCAUGAGGCACCUGAAAAAGGUCUACCGUCGAUUCAGGAAUGGAUUUCAUGAGGGAACCACACCAAAACCCAAGAGAGCAGCAGCUGUUGCAGCCUCCAAUUCAUCAUAAAGACUCAUCUAUUUGUGAAAAUACAUGGUCUUAUCCAGGAAAUAUCACAUUUCAUAUAUGUUUUUACUUCGGUGAAAUACACGAUUCCUGAAUAUAUAUAUAUAUAUAUAUAUAUACACACACACACACUUACAUAUACAAUUUCUUGAUGGUAUGCAUUGAAGAAUCAUUACAAAUAAUUCUUUAAUUGGCUCAUCAUUUGAUAGCAUCUCUACCUUGAAAAGGGCCAUUAUCUCUGUGCUGGACUUAAAAAGAGGCUUGUGUUACUCAAGAAAUCAUUUGCAAGAGAAAUUGAUUUUUGACACUGUGGGCUUGCAUCCGAGUCUCACUGUAUCUGUAAAGUGCUCAGAAAAAGGGCUCAGAGCACCCUAGCAUGGAGAAUUUAUCUCAAACAUGAAUUUCAAUAAUGGCCAUAGUGCUGUUCUGAGAUGCAAUAGUUUAAGGGUGAUGCCCAGUCUUAGUGUUUUGUGGCUCUGAAAGGCCUGUAAAAGUAUAAAGUAUUCCUUAUUCAGUGGGUCAUUGCUUGGGGGGGGUGGAGGUGUUGGGGAUCUGCUGUACUUGAGACAGAAGUUACCCAAAUGGUCUGGGAUGGUCAGUAUGGAAAGUUGAGGCACAAAUAGAAUCAUUAAGGUUGGAAAAGACCUCCAAGAUCACCUGGUCCACCCAUCCCCCUACCACUGAUAUCACCCACUAAACCAUGUCCAACCUUUCCUUAAACACCCCCAGGGAUGGUGACUCCACCACUUUCCUGGGCAACCCAUUCCAAUGCCUGACUAUUUCUGAGAAGAAAUUUCUCUUAAUUUCCAACCUGAAAAUAAGUUGUAGUUGAGUUAUGCUGGGCAUAAACAAGUAAAUGGUAGGUAGUAAGAUACAGAAGUGAAUAGGUCACUUGGUACAUUUGAAUUAUGGAUUGAUAACUGAUAAACUUUGCAUAGUGUGUUGGGUCACUCAGCUGGCUUUCAAACUCUCAGCCUUUAAGAAGCUCAUAAUAUAGAGGAUGAUGAACACUGGAAGGGUUUAGAGGAUUUUCAGAUGCCUUGAAGAGAAAAAAAUUGUUUUUAAAAAACAAAUAAAAAAUGAUACCUGCUUUAAGCUUC